AAAGUUUUUCUAUUAUUGGAGCAGGAGAGUUAUGAGGCUCAAAUGCUAGUAAUGUCGCAAAGAGGUUGUUUUGGGUGUGUUCGAAGCGGGACUAUCACGUCGGUGCGCUUUCUUUAGCGAAAACCUCUCGCCGAUCUGUGUGCCUCGCAAUAUCCCAGAGAAAUGAUUGCACCCUCUCCGACCGUAUUAUAGUGUCAAAGGAACUUACUGCAUGUGAGAACAACAAGGGUGCAUGGGUUUUUGUGAAAAAUACACAAAAGAAAAGGAAGCAGACUCGGGAGUUCAACUUCUGAUCGGUGGGUUACUUGAGCGAUAUCUGGACUAGGCAAGGCACUUGAAACAGACUUCGAGGCCACAUGUCUUAUUUCGGCGAGUUGCAAGCGGCCGGUCGAAGUCCGAGAGUAUGCCACUUCCUUAUCCUAUGCCUCCUCAGCUAUAUAUUCAUCGACUACGUGUUGCACCACUCGGGGACAUCGUCGUGUGUAGAUUUGGUGUUCGAUGCAUCUGAUGCCAAAGUAGCGAAAUCCGACAAAGAAUCUGUGGCUGAUUCGGCGCAGGAAGAUCCUAUCUGUGGGUCAGUAAUAGGUCAUCUGAAUUCUGGACAAGAGCCUCUGGUUGCGAAAGCAUGGAGUCAGAUGAAGUGGAUAGGGGCACCAGCCAAAUGUAGGGUCAAGGGGCAGUUGAUCGAAGCCUUGGAUCCGAGAAACAAUUUUCGCCGUGGUUUUUCUUUGAAAUUUACUAGCGAUGUUGAAGAUAAAACUGCGAUUCUCCCAUGGCUCUACGGGGCCAAAGUUGACCUCAAUAAAAGGGCGCGCCGUGUGUAUCUCGAUUUAGGGGCUAAUAGCUUCCGCACAAGCGUGACAUGGUUUUCACAGAUGUAUCCUUGUGAUUUCACUGAAAUUCACGCAUUCGAAGUGUCUCCUCAACUCUUCAAGAUCCCAUCGUCAGGCUUCAAUGAGGAAACAAAUUGGGUUCCUGAAAACUCUCACGCAACGCGUGUUAAGACUGCACCUGGAGUGCCGAAUUGGAUGUUGGAUCGCAUUAAAACGUACAACACAUUUGUAUCUGACGGUGACGAUGAGAAGUCCACCAACAUUACACGAUUCAUCAAAGAGGAUUUGCAGCUGACAGCUGAUGAUGCUGUCGUGGUGAAGAUGGAUAUUGAGGGAGCGGAAUGGCCGAUUCUGAAGAGGUGGUUACUUGACCUUGAAAUGGCUAAUAUCAUUGAUGAGCUCUUUGUGGAGAUUCAUUACCGUCACAACACCAUGUUGGAUUACCACUGGGGGCAAUUCAGUCACUCACGGGAGGAAGCGACCAGGUUGAUUGCCAGCCUUAGAGCGAAAGGUUACUUUAUCCAUGCUUGGCCUUGAAUUUUUUUUCCCCUCAUUUGAACAGCAGCCCUGCCUGGAGUUGUGCCAUCUUUUACAAGAGACUCAUUGAGAUUUACGACUGUAUCAUUUUCCUAGCUUUCCUUGAUUAGUCUGCAGGGAGUCUAUUGAAAUUUAGCAUUGGAGUGUAGUUGAAGCGAUGGGCGAUUAGGGGAAUGUUUUCCAACCAGGUAGGAGAUUCAGUUCUUCUAAAUGAGCCACGGUAUCGAGAUUUUUUCAUUGAAGAAAUCAGCUUUUUGGUGGAGGAGCUUUUUUGUUAACAUUUUUCACUUGACAUUGUUUCGCUCCAUGUUUCAUUCAAUCCAUUUGAGUGACAUGUUCUGAAACGUAUGGUACCUAUUUGGAUUUCGAGAUCCAUUGGCAGCUCUCUACAAAAAUAUAUAUAUAUAUAUAUAUAUAUAUACACAUAUCUUCAUUCUUCCUGACAGUAUUUUAUCCUACUGUAAAACUGUCCAAAUGCUGUCUAGAACGUGACCAAUCCCGUAGUAAUGCAUAGAAUUCCUCUGCUUCAGACACCCAUAGUCUAUCAUAUCAAGUACGACCUCAAGCACAUGCUUGAGCAAAGCAACCGUGCAUCAGGGAAUGAUGUAGGCAGGUCCAAUAAAGUGCCAGUCAACAUUCUUCUUUUUUUUUCUUUCUUUAUUGGUAGUCAGCAUUUCCACCAAGUGUGUCAAGAGGGUGUGUAGGAGGAGCUUUCGGUGUGGCCAAUCAUCCCCAAAUAACAAUUGGUACCGUGUUGGGAUCCCAUUCAAUGGCCUCAGAAUGGAAGGAGAGGUUGCAAAUACAUCCCCUUGUUGUCCACGUGUUGUUCCUAACGUCCCAGUCUAGUCUUUUGAAAUAUCUUUAUUUAAUGUAAUUUGACUAAGAAUCUGGCAAGUAGUGCUAGGCAAGGCAGACUUUACGUGUCCAUGACACAAUGUUA